UCUUGUUGCAAGACGCAUUUUAAUAAUUUUUUCCAUUUUGUGUCAACAUGUCGUCUCAUCUGCAGUGGAUGGUGAUCAGGAACUGCUCCAGCUUCCUUAUCAAGAGGAACGGACAGACGUACAGCACCGAACCCAACAACCUGAAGUCAAAGAACUCCUUCCGUUUUAACGGACUUGUGCACAGGAAGACUGUUGGUGUUGAGCCAGCUGCUGAUGGGAAAGGAAUUGUUGUGGUUUUGAAGAAACGCGCAGGUCAGCGCAAACCUGCCACCUCGUUUGAGAAAAUCACCAUCAACAAGAACUCACGUGCCACUCUGAACAGCCUGCGCCACAUCAUCCGCAAGAACAACUACAGAAAGGAUCUGCGCAUGGCUGCUCUGCGUCGUGCUAGCGCCAUCCUGAAGAGCCAGAAGCCUGUGGUGGUGAAGAAGCAGCGCUCAAGAGCUACAAAGACCGCAUAAAUGUUUUCAUUAAGAAUCAUUUAAUAAAGUUCUGUUAAAUUGA